GUUCCCGUGGAAAACGGGGCAUACCGGUAGACUUUAUACAUUCUGUCCACUGACUAGUACAAGGGCAGUCCAGUUUGACAAGUUCUGAGGCACACGUGGUCCAGGACGAUUAUUCGGUAGCAAAAUGAUUUCUGACCAUCAACCGCACAUUGUCGUCAUUGGAGCGGGAGUGAGCGGCAUAUCUGCUGCAGCCCAUCUUCAUCAAGGAGGCCUCACCAAUAUUACCGUGUUAGAAGGCACAAAAAGAUGGGGAGGCCGUGUCCGAACUGAGACUUUUGGCCAAUCACUAAUCGAAGUGGGGGCGAAUUGGAUUCAUGGGGGUUCUUAUGCUAACCCGAUCUUUAACCUCGCCAACCAAAGCCCUGACCUUUUGCUUCACGAGGGUCAGAUUCAAAGGUUUAGUCGAAAAAAUGGGCUGUUCUAUCGGCCUGGAAAGAAAAACGUGGAGAAGGAAUUGGGAGAAAUCGGCUUCCGACUCUUUUUCGAUAUCGAGCGCCAAUCUGCUGAACUUUACAAUCAAGGGAAGGGCAAAAAUGAAACUCUGGCUCAAUGGAUCGAGAAUAAGUUCAACGAAGAACUAGACAAGGUCUCUGACUCUGAAGACAAAGAGAUUUUGGAGGACAUUCUGUGGGGCAUGAUCAACUAUCUCCGACUUCAUAACGGAGAUGAACUCGAAUUCAGCUCUGCCAACUUGUACGGAUGCUUUUGGGAUAUCCCUGGGGGCGAUGUUAAGAUCCCAGGCGGAUACAUCAACGUGUUCCAGCCACUCGUGGAUCAGAUCCAUGAUAAGAUUCAAUUCGAGAGUGAAGUAAUCAAAAUCGACCAGAGCCAAAACAAAGUAUGUCUAACCACGAGGGCCGGAAACGAUAUUGAAUGUGACCACGUGAUCCUCACCGCUUCCUUAGGGUACUUGAAAGAGAAUCAAGCCACCCUCUUUUUGCCGUCAUUGCCCGAUGCAAAAAUAGAAGCCAUUAAUUCCAUUGGAUUUGGGCGAUGCGGAAAGAUUUUCCUCGAGUUUGACAAACCUUUCUGGGCCAAAGGGGAGGAAGGUUUGAAAAUUGCAUGGGGAAAAGAUGCCAUCAAAUCUCAAAGAUAUCCUGAAGAGUGGUACAAGUCCAUCUUUGGUUUCGAUGAAGUAUUGAACAACCCCAAUGUUCUUUUGGCCUGGAUUGGAGGAGAGGGUGCCGAAAUCAUGGAAAACUUGGAAGAUGCCGAGAUAAUAUCGGCGGUCACCAAGGUUUUGCAAUCCUGCACGGGCGAUAUCAGCCUCCAAGGACCUGUUCGAAUCAGAAAGACAUCAUGGAUCGUGGAUCCGUUAUUUCGGGGAACCUACACUUACGGUUCUCUUAAACCAGAUUUGUUGACGUACAUCAAUGAUUUGGCUCAGCCAUUGUGUGAUCCAUUGGGCAUUCCUAGAGUCCUUUUCGCCGGAGAGGCCACUCAUGAAACCGGCUAUUCGACCGUUCAUGGGGCCAGAUUUGCUGGCUUGAGGGAGGCUCAACGGCUUAUCGAUCAACAUAAAUAAUGCAAGUCUGUAUUACAAAUGCGAAGUUUGCCCAGAGCCCAUAAUGUUCGUGUACAGACCCUCUGUUUUGUGUGGCUGAAUAUAUCGGUUUCAAAGACCGGGUGUGCAUCA